CAUCAACGUAACUACACCAUCAUGAAUUCUCUGGGUUUCAUCCUCACUCUCCUGUCUAUUGUAUCUUUUGUCUCUGGAGCUACCAGAUAUUUAGCAAUUCCAAUAGAUGGUAUUGAUAUUAUUGAAGUGAACCCAAUGUCACAGAGAGUCACCCGUCAAGCAGAAGCUUAUUCGCCAAUAACAUAUACUAAUCAUCAACGUAAUGAUGUCGACCAUCAAUCAUCACCAAGAAUUGACAGAUUGCAACCGAUUCUUGAUUACGUAGAUUUUGGCUCACAAUCUGGAAGUAAUGGUGCUUUUAGUUGGUUUGCCGAUUAUCCAGCACGUCAUUAAUUUGUUUUAGUAUCAAUAUCUCUG